AUGGCGCAGAUGUCGAUUCCUCCUCCAGGAGUUGCGCCUCCAAUGAUAUUUGGUGGUCAACCUCCUUUUUUCGGUGCUGUGGGAGCAAAUAUGCCUUGCAAUCCUGUGAUAAACAUAAGUGGACCUGGACCUUCUACCGCGAACUCAGAUGUUGGUUAUGAUACAAAUUCUAAGGACCCCGUUUUAACAAGGUCACGAGUCUUUAUUGGACGCCUCGCUGGUUUUCCAAUUUUACGUGAUGAUCUCAUCAAUCUUUGUAAACCGUUUGGGACGCUUUUGGGUCUCAACCAUUUCAAGCAAGGUUUUGCCUUCGUACAGUUCUCGAUGUCCACGGAAGCUGAUGCUGCAGUGAUUGGAUUGAACGGGAAGAAGUGGAUGGGCACAAUACUCGAUGUGCAUCUUGUGGAUCCGCAAGCGCCAAAGAAGCCUGUGGAGCAACAGGAAAGUGUCCCACGUAAACGUGCUAGAGAAGAAGAUGAUUGUCGUGCUGCUACCGAAGAAGAUAUAAAAGAAGCGAAUCGGCGCAAUCGAAUCGUUGCUCUCAGUGAUUCCACGACAAAUAACGAUCUGUCUCAUGCAGUAAUGAAGUAUUCCGCAGAAAUCCCUGACACGAUGAUCUGUGGCAGUUGCCGCUUCGUAACAGCCGACUAUGAAGCCUUCAAGGAUCAUCGCAUUGCCGGGUGUACUAAGGAUAAAAGCAAUAGUGAACCCAAACAUCUCAAGUGUGCUUCAUGUGACAACCGUUUCAAAAGUGCGUGGGGAUUGCUGUGUCAUUUGACAGAGUUCCAUCGCAUGAUGCUCUACAAGACUGACGAGGAAACCGAGCAGUCUACAAAUAAAGAGGUGGUCCUCUUCGUCACACAUUUCAUUAUAUCAAAAUCAUUCAUUCAAUGA